CUCUCCACACCCACUCCAACACCUACCAUGUCUGCUAGUCCGAUCUACUACAAUGUCGAGACAGACCCCAACUGCACCAAUGUGGACAGAUUAACAAAACGCUAUUAUCUGCCCGUCAUGUACACCCUCAUCUUCAUUGUGGGCCUGGUGGGUAACCUCCUCGCCAUUAGCACAUACCUGGUGAAGUUACGACCGUGGACAAGCAGCAGCAUCAUCAUGGUGAACCUGGCGGUGACCGACCUCCUCUACGUCCUCAGCAUGCCCUUCCUGGUCUACUACUACACCAACGGAGACUCGUGGACCCUAGGAGACUUCAUGUGUCGCUUUGUACGGUUUGGCUUCCAUUUCAACCUGUACGGCAGCAUCCUCUUUCUCACCUGUCUGGCCGUGUUCCGAUACAUGGUGGUGAAAUACCCUCUGAGGACCCCGCAGAUACAGCAGAAGAGAUGGAGCAUCCUGGCAUGUGCGUUGGUCUGGGUGAUUGCCGCCGCUGAGGUUAUUCCCAUGCUAACUAUGAUAAGUUUGGUAGAGACUAACAACAAGACAUACUGCCUGGACUUUGCCAGUAACGACCCUGCUGUGCUGUGGUGGUACGGCUGGCUUCUCACAGUCAUGGGGUUUCUCCUGCCUCUAGUGGUGGUGUGUGUGUGUUGUGCCGGCAUCUUCCGAGAGCUGGCUAAAGGGCCGUACACGCAGAACCCCAGGCGGGCGCGAGCACGCCGCACCAACGUGGUGAUACUGGCCGUGUUUGUGGUGUGCUUCCUCCCCUACCACGUUCUGCGCGUGCUGAGAGUGGACACGCGCAGGAAGCCGGAGACGCCGUGCAUGCUGGAACGUGGAGUCCACGCGGCCUACAUCCUCUCUCGACCUCUGGCGGGUCUCAAUACCUUCUUCAACCUGGCACUGUACACACUGGCAGGAGACAAGUUUCAACAAGCCUUCCAAAGUAUGUUCAAACUGAAAAACGCCAAGUCCAGAUUUAAUUUGGCAGUCAUCUCCAGACCCAACACUGCCACUGAAAGCAUGUAGCUGUCUAUCAGAAUUUGGUCGAUACGAUACUAUACAUUUCUUGUG